CUGCGGGGCUCGGCGCUCGGGCUCGUCGCGGACGCGCGCAAAGAAGAGUGAAGUGCGCUCCUACUGCGCUCCUAGUGCGCUCUCAUUGCGCUCCCAUCCCCGGAAGCACGCGGCAGCAAGACGGCGGCUCCCCGGCCGCCCACCCGCGCUUCUCGUGUGGGAUCUAUGAGCGACGCUGGGGCGCGUUCCCGCGGGGCUGCCCACCACCACCAGCUCCUCCCGUGUCCCUGCUUCUUUCGCCCGCUCUGAAGCGCGUGUCGCUGCGCUCUCGCGGAGUCCGGCGCGCGCCGCCGGCGGGAAAAAAAAAGCGCAAGUUGUGUCCUCGGUGACCUGUACGGCUCUAGCAGAGAAAGGCCCCAUUUCCAGUGUAACGCCGAUGGCAACACUUCAAGGAGUGCGGAGUGCUCACGGUUUGGAAAGAAGGCUGGAAGAAUGUGUUUGCAUUUCCUCUCCAGUGUCGGUAAGAAAGCAGUGUUCAUCCCUCCGCCGAUGUGAAGGCUGGAGAGGUGGAGGCUGAGAAGAGGGUCUUCGGUUUUGCCUCUGGAAGAGAAGCAUUUUGCCGGCACAUAUGGGGCAGGGGGAGACCUCGACCAGGGGGACGGCCAUGGAGGGCGACUGCCUCAGCUGCGUGAAGUACCUCAUGUUCGUCUUCAACUUCUUCAUCUUCCUGGGUGGCUCCUUCCUUCUCGGGGUGGGAACCUGGGUGCUGGUGGACCCCACGGGCGUGCGGGAGAUCGUGGCGGCCAACCCGCUCCUCUUCGCCGGCAUCUACGCCGUGCUGGCCAUGGGUGCCAUGCUGUUCCUGCUGGGCUUCCUGGGCUGCUGCGGAGCGGUGCGCGAGAACAAGUGUCUGCUGCUGUCCUUCUUCAUGCUCAUACUCGUCAUAUUCCUGGCAGAGCUGGCCGCGGCCAUACUGGCCUUCAUAUUCCGUGAGCACCUGACCCGGGAAUACUUCACCAAGGAGCUGAAGAGGCACUACCAGGGCUACAACAACAGCCACGUCUUCACGUCCACCUGGAACGCCAUCAUGACCACGUUUGAGUGCUGCGGGGUUAACAGCCCUGAGGACUUUGAGGGCAGCCGCUUCAGAGUCCUCCACCCCGACGAUAUGGUUCCCGAGGCCUGUUGCCAGAGGAACAGUAACAGUAACCCCGGAGACAUGGGAUACAUUAAUAAGGAGGAGUGUCUGAUGGGCAGGAUGUUGUUCCGCAACAACAAGGGCUGCUACUCGGCAGCGGUGGACUACUUCGAGAUGUACAUCUACCUGACAGGAGCGCUGGCCAUCGUGGUUUUAACUAUUGAGCUCUUCGCCAUGGUAUUUGCGAUGUGUUUGUUCAGAGGACUUCAGUAGAUGUGGUCAGCCGGAGAUUUAAAAAGUCCAGUUGCUUGUGAAAGAAAAUGUAAUUUUUUUUCCUUUUUUUUUUUUUUUUUUUUUUUUUUACUGCCCUAAUUGGAGGAACUGUAAUAACCAAAGGACUCGUACUCCGCAGCAGGGCAUUUGGUGCAUUGAGUCCGCCAUAAAAACAACGAAGAAAUUUUUGGAAAUGUAGGGUGAAGCUGAUGGUACGUCUAUGAAGGGAAGUGACCACAGGAGGCCUACUGCUGCAUUUCUGGAGGUGGGGAACGAAGACACACUGCACUGACUUUUGGACGGAGAUUAUUUCUAAUAUUUAUGCUGAGGGAGUUAACUGUAUAGAUGUGUUCCAAGUAUUUCUUAACUUGUAUACCUUUUACGCUCCUACACACUCGCACCAGAUUCACACUUUUUUGGCAUUGUUCAGUUGAUUGUCUGUAUAUAAGAUGGAAUGAAUGUAUGUGUGUUCUGUGUAUGUGCUUGUUUUGUUAUGAGCUUGGGAACUAAAUUCUGUUUUAUAAUGGUGUAGUGACAUGCAUUACCAUAUCAUUCACCUGUGGUUUCUUGAAUUGUACUGAUGUACAUCUGUAUUAGAAUCCAUAAGGGAUAUU